AUGGUUUGUUUUGAUUGUCAUGGCAAGUUAAUCAUCGGUAUCGAUAUAGCAGCAAAAGAAGUAAAAGUAAAACUUAGUCAUGAUAUUCAACAUGAAAAGCCUAUAGACGUUUCAACCCCAGAAGAAAUAAAACAUGAAAUUAUGCAGAACCUUCAUAUGGAUCCAGUGCAGUU